AUGGCGUCCACCGACGGAAUCGCUUCAACACCGCUCUCGCCCGACAUGGAAAAGUCCUCCAUCCCUUCGUCCGAUGGCUAUGCCAAGGCGGCUUACAAUGACCCGUCGGCCAUCGAACGCCUCGGCAUGGACGAGGACUCGCCCGACGGUCACGUCCAGCGCAACCUCAAGCAGAGGCAUCUCUCAAUGAUCGCCCUCGGCGGCACCAUCGGCACUGGUCUCUUCGUCGGUCUUGGCGGCUCCCUCGCCAACGCUGGUCCCGUCAGCACCCUCAUCGCCUACAUGAUCAUGGGUGUCGUCGUUUACUCUAUGAUGGUCGCACUUGGCGAAGUCAGCACGCUCCUCGCCGUCCCCGGUGGCUUCACCCACCACGCCACCCGCUUCCUCGACCCCAGUCUCGGUUUCGCCCUCGGAUGGACCUACUGGUACUCGUACGGCAUCACCAUCCCCACCGAAAUCUCGGCUUCCGCCAUCGUCAUCCAGUACUGGGACACCACCCAGUCCAUCAACCCCGCCGCCUGGAUCUCCAUCCUCCUCGUCCUUGUCAUUGGCGUCAACGCGCUCGGUGUCAAGUACUACGGUGAAACCGAGUUCUGGUUCUGCCUCAUCAAGGUGGUCGCCAUCAUCGUCCUCAUCAUCACCUCGCUCGUCAUCGACCUCGGCGGCGGCCCUCGCGGCGACCGCAUCGGAUUCCGCUACUGGAAGGACCCCGGCCCCAUGGCCCAGCUCUUUUGGCAGCCCGAUCCCGUCACCGGCAGACCCACCGGCGGCAUCAGCGGCGCAUUCGGUCGCUUCCUCGCCUUCUGGAACGUCUUUGUCCAGUCCGCCUUCUCGUUUGCAGGUACCGAGAUUAUCGGUGUCGCCGUCGGCGAGGCAGAGAACCCGCGCAAGAACGUGCCCAAGGCCAUCAAGCGUGUCUUCUGGCGUAUCCUCCUCUUCUACGUCCUCGCCAUCUUCAUGGUCGGCCUCGUCGUGCCUUACACCGACCCGCGUCUGCUCAACGGCAGCAGCGACGCCAGCGCCUCGCCCUUUGUGCUCGCCAUCAGCAAUUCGGGCAUCCGCGUGCUUCCCCACAUUGUCAACGCCGUGCUCCUCGUCACAACUUGGUCCGCUGCCAACUCGGAUCUCUACGCCGCCUCCAGGACCAUCUACGCGCUCGCGCUCGAGAACAAGGCGCCCGCUUUCCUGCGCAAGUGCACCAAGAACGGCCUCCCCGUGUGGGCGCUCGUGGUCACCUCGCUCUUCGGCCCGCUGGCCUACAUGUCGUGCGGCGCCGGCGGUGCUGAACAGGCGUUCGAGUACCUCUACGACAUCUCGGCCAUCUCGAUCAUCAUUGCAUGGAUCAUCAUCCUGUGCACCUACGCCCGCUUCUACCACGGCCUCAAGUUCCACGGCAUCGCGCGCAACACGCUCCCCUACACUGCGCCCUUCCAGCCCUACCUCACCUACUUUGGCAUCGUCUUCCUGAGCCUCGUGCUGCUCUUUGCCGGCUUCACCGUCUUCCUCAACGGCCAGUGGAGCACGAGCAGCUUCGUCACCACCUACAUCUGCAUCCCCAUGUUUGUCGUCCUCUGGCUCGGCUGGAAGUUCUACCACAAGACCCAGUUCGUCAGCCUCUCCCAGAUGGACUUUGACACCGGUCGAAGGCAGAUCGACGAGAACGAGGAGGCAGAGAAGAUCAAGGAGUCCCAGAUCACCCGCUCCACCCUCGAACGCUUCUGGGACUGGUUGAUGUAG